ACGCCGCGCGAAGUUGUCGCGGUGUGUCAAGUGUAGUGCCGUGUAAGAGGUGCCGAAGUGGCGGGUUUCCUUGCCGCAGGACGGGGGGCUCAUGCCCCCUUCCACCAGCACCACAUUGGUAAAAGACGCGGCGAAGCUGGCGGCGCGAUGGCGUGCGCCGGCUGCGAGAAGCCGAUCCUCGACAAAUUCUUGCUGCACGUGUUGGAGCGCGCGUGGCACGCGGCGUGCGUACGCUGCGCCGACUGCCGCGCGCCACUCGCCGACAAGUGCUACUCUAGGGACAAUAAGCUGUUUUGUAGGAAUGAUUUCUUCAGACGUUACGGUACAAAAUGUAGCGGUUGUGGUCACGGCAUAUCACCAUCGGAUUUAGUAAGAAAAGCAAGAGAGAAGGUGUUCCACCUGAAUUGCUUCACCUGUCUCGUAUGUCGGAAGCAACUGUCCACUGGCGAGGAAUUGUAUGUACUGGAUGACAACAAGUUCAUUUGUAAAGAGGAUUAUUUGGCUGGAAAAGCACCUACUACACAUUCUGAUUCGCUACUAGGCAGUGGAUCGGAUGAGGAGGAAGAAGAAGAAUCCCGCGCAACCAACAACGCGAGCAGUCCAGCGCACGCACCGCACCCUGCGUUGCAUAGCGAGCUUUCACAUAAUGGAGACACCAAGCCACAUGAAGACUCGGAAGAUCAGGGUUCCCUCGACGGAGACCCUGAGACUCGAGACUCGCAGGCGGAGAACAAGUCACCAGACGACGGGAAUGGUGGUUCCAAACGUCGAGGACCAAGAACUACAAUCAAGGCGAAACAAUUGGAGAUUUUAAAGUCGGCUUUCUCGCAAACACCGAAACCAACAAGACACAUACGAGAACAGUUGGCGAAAGAAACUGGAUUGCCAAUGAGGGUUAUACAGGUGUGGUUCCAGAAUAAGCGUUCAAAAGAGAGACGUCUGAAGCAGCUCACAUCAAUGGGCCGUGGUCCAUUCUUCGGGUCCUCGCGCAAGAUGAGGGGCUUCCCAAUGAAUCUCUCCCCUGGAGGUUUAGAAGAAGGACCUCCAGGGUUCCCCUACUUCGCCACUGCGGAUGGGAAAUUCGAGUUUGGAUACGGGCCACCUUUCCAUCACGAUGCGCCGUUUUUCCACCCGCCCCCUGCUAUGCCCUUUAAUCAGCCAGGUCGUUUCGCAGGAAUGGAGUCGCUGCCUGGAGGAGAGUUCCCGGAGCAAUUUCCACCCCCGGACCACCUCGUUCUUCCCCGGCCUUCCUCGCCCGAGUUCACCUUCGGAGAUGCCCCACCUCCCCUCCAUCCUGAGGGCUUGGUCUGGUAGCUGAAGCCGGAGCCGCGUGACUACCACGACUGAUGCGGCUCAACGGGCUAUAAAGUGGACUUGUAACGUUAUUUCGUUAUUCAACGUUAUCGCAUUAACAGUGCUACGUUACCGUUGAAUUAGUGGCAACGUUAUUUUUUAAAACGGAAAGACGUGUUCGGACGCAGUGUAUAUGUGAUUUUUCGUUUAGCGUGGUAGUGAAUUUUUUAUGGAAUAGAGUUUUGGUGUGACUAAGAUUUUAGUUAAUACAAAAUUGUCGUUUAAUUUUCUUUCUCUAAGCGCCUGCUCUCAUCCUUAAGAUUUAUACUCACAUUUUCAAUUAUGUAUAUAGAACAGUUUUUAGAGUCAAAAUACUUUUAAAAUUACGCAUCGCUUUAAUGUCAAUGUCACAAAACGAUUAAGGGUUGUUUAUUUAUUUUAAACUAAGAAUUAGUUAUGUCAAAACUCUAACUGUAACUCGUUUGUAGUCUUCAAUUUGGGUAGUUUAAUUACUGUCCGGUUUUUAAGUUUAGUUGCCUAUCUUGGUGCUAAUUUUGCUUUUGUUUUGUCUUUUUAACAUACAACCGACUUAUACGAAAAGCUAGAACUUUUUUCCGUUAAGUAGACACUUGUAAUUAGUGUGCUAAUUUUUUUAUCCUUCGAUCGUUUGGUAUGUAAAAUACACGUGAAAGUAAAUUUCGGUCACUUUCUUUCUAUUUAAUUUGGUUCUGGCUGUUGGUUGUAUGUAUUGUAUUCAACAUAUUA